CGGGGGCCGUCGGUGCGUCCCGGGCCGGGCACCGCCGGGCCGGGCAGCGCCGCCAUGAGCUCCGGCGGCACGCUGAGCAUCCUGCGCAGCGACUCCUAUGCCGAGCUCAGCCAGUACCGGGACCAGCAUUUCAGGGGGACGCGCUACGAUCAGGAGCGGCUGCUGAGGAAGAGCUGCACGCUGUACGUGGGGAACCUCUCCUUCUACACCACGGAGGAGCAGAUCCACGAGCUCUUCGGCAAAAGCGGAGACAUUAAGAAGGUCAUAAUGGGGCUGGACAAAGUGAAGAAAACCGCCUGCGGCUUCUGCUUCGUGGAGUAUUAUGCCAGAGGAGAUGCUGAAAAUGCAAUGCGAUACAUCAACGGGACCAGACUUGAUGACAGGAUCAUAAGGACAGACUGGGAUGCAGGGUUUAAGGAGGGCAGGCAGUAUGGCCGUGGACGAUCAGGGGGGCAGGUCCGAGAUGAGUAUCGGCAAGACUAUGAUGCUGGAAGAGGUGGCUAUGGCAAAACUGUUCAGUGCCAGUGACUCCUCAGCCUCACAAGAGAACCAAAUCUGCGUAGUAAAUGUCCCCAGGCACAAAGUAGGCCUGUUACACACAGUUCACAGAAACUCCUAUCCACGUUCCUGUGAGCACAUCCUGUGUUCAAUACCUCUUUGUUUUAAUACCAGGAUCCAAAGCAUUGCAGAGGACCUGGGAGCAAGGCUUGAAGCAUUAGAGUGCCGAGGUGUUGGUCUCAAAAUGCUGCUAUAACUUACUGAAAGGAGCAAAGAUGUUAUGUUAUGGUGCUUUUUUUUUUCUCUGGCAAAACUUGAUUAUUCUACUGGGUUUUGUUUACAUUGGUAUCACAGGGUGUAGAGCAGUGAUAAAGGAUGAUUGGUGGAUGUUUAAGAGAGGAAAGCAAAAGGCAAAGAGCCUGGAAAGGAAGUGGAAUUUAUAAGGAGAUUUGUCAGUUUCUAGAGAAGACUUUUAAGUUGCAGAUUUUCUGGCAUUGCUGGAUUAGCAUCCUUUUCUGCUGAUUCUGUUCCUAGAACGUUUACAUGAACAGCCAUAAUAAAACAAAUUAGAUUUAGUUCAGGAAUCAUAAAGUGAGAAGCAGAUGAGCAGAGAGGAGGAAACAGACCUCUCUUGUCUUCUACAAAGUACAGUAGUGAUUGCAUGGCAGAGAAGAGCAAAUACAAGAAUUACAGUACUACUAUUUCACCAUUUGAGUACUAGUAUUUUGCCCUAUCUGGUAGAUCUCUGCAGCCUUAAUAUUUGAGGACAGUAUUUUCCCUGUGCCUGUAAGGGUUGCAUGAAGCCAAGUUACCCCCAAAAUGGGAUGUUUGAGGAAUUGGUUUUUAAUGAGAUAGUUUCUUCCCAAAACAGGUUUUCUAUUUGAGAACUUGAUUUCAGACAACUUAAAAAUAGAAAUAAAAGAGAUUUGGGAGGAGUUUUGCUUUCUACUGAGCAUGUGAUAAGAAUGGUGAAAGGAUUUCAGGAUUAUGUAGCUUCUUGUGUUUUGGUUUUUCUCUUUCCCUGCUGGAUCCUAUUCGUAAUGCUUGUUGAUAUGUUGGAAUUUUGAUGUACCUCAGACAUUGGUUUAAAAAAUGUGAUCCAAGAUCAAGGAAAUUGAUUUGCUGAAAUGAAAUAGUUCAAAAAGAACUGUUACAGGGCUUUGAAAUUUCUUCAGGGACUUCUGAGUUCUAUGUAAAUGGAAAUUCCUAAUUUUGUGCAAAUACCUUGUUGUCCAUGACUCCUUAAAAACUUUCAAAGGUGUACAAAAGUUGAGUUUUAGUCACUGAAGGUAUUGUAGGAAAUUUUGAUGUGUUUCUUACAUACAGUUAAUCACGACUGUUACUGUAAAUUAAAAAUUUAAAAAAUAAAAAACUGUUAUUGUAAAUACAAGUGAGAUUGAACAACUCCUUACUUAGGAAGUGUGAGUUUAAGGUUUUUGGCAUGUCAAGUAAACUAGACUUUUGGGAUCACUUGGUGCUGUUUUGCAAAUAAGCUUUGAACAAAAUUACCUUUUCCAAUAUAGUACAUUUGACUCUGAGUUUACAGCCUGUAAUCUGCUCUAGAACACUGCUGAAGUUUAUUUUUUGUUGUAUCAAUUUUGUGUAAAAAAUAUGUUACCAAAAACUCUAAAGUCACUUUCUUUUAAAUAAAGCUGCAACAUUAAAA